UUGUUGUGAACAAACAAUGAAGGGCAAGAUUCUUGCCAAGAGAAUUCAUGUGCGCACUGAGGAGCACAUUAAGCACUCUAGGAGCCAAGAUAGUUUCCUGAAACACGUGAAGGAAAAUGAUCAGAAAGAGACGGAAGCCAAAGAGAAAACUACCUGGGUUCAACUGAAGCGCCAGUGUGCUCCACCCAGAGAAGCACACUGCGUGAGAACCAAUGGGAAGGAGCCUGGAGUGCUGGAACCUCUUCCUUAUGUCAUAACAGGAACCCUGGUUUCUAGAGCUUGCCUUACAGAGUGGGGGGUUAGAAUCAGGAACUGCGCUGACCACAGAGAAUCGGGCAACAUCGACUGUGUGCUGUUUGCUAACUGAAAGUUCAGAGGGAGGCAGUUUGGCCCUUCCUUGGACCUCUGGCUGAGAGAAGGGAUGUACACGGAGUGGCACCAACACACCCAGGCAGACGCUCACAUUAUGAAACAUAAAUGCAGAGUGAAUAAAGAGUGUUGCAAAUCACUCAGCAUGGCUAGCUGCUGCCAAAGCAAUUCAGUACUCCUCAUGAAGCCUGCUCUGCAUUCCAGAAAACAAAAAAAAUUAGAGGCCUGAUAAGAUAAUCAGGUAAUUAAUGAAGCAAUUUCCCCUUCCUGCUCACAUGCCUGUAUUUAUUUUUUCAUAUAAAUUAUCAUCAUCUUAAGCAAUAAGUACACUAUCUUCCUGUAACCUUUAAGAACUUAGCCAAAUGGAGCAAAACAAACAGUUCACGUCUUGGUGUCUAUUUUGUUUCAAUUUUUAAGCUUACACCCACACACACAAAAUCUUGUAAAUACAUUCAGCCUUUUUGGUUUUUGGGGUUGGUCUUUGUUUUGCUUCGGCUUUUUUUUACUUUAUUUUUACAGGACUGGUUUUGUUCUUUUAGUUUUAUAGUCUGCUUUUUCCUAGGUUAUAUAAAAUGGACACUUUUCAAUGGUAGCAAAUAUUCAUUUCCUCCAGUGAAUUUUUAAAUAAUUUCAGCAGUAAGAUUACUUUUUCAACAACAUUGUAUGUGGAUUCUAGUAUAUACAAAUCAGACCUGUGCAGGCCCAUCUCUUCCCUUGAUACAUAAACUUCUCAGGGAAGACAGCAGAACACAGGUCAAAAAAUACUUCCCCUGAAACAUUUCUCAGGAACACAUGGUAUUACAGGUUCCCUGCUGUUCAAUUAAAGAUAUUCUUGUACAUUUUUUUAACCUUGUUAGGUAAAUUAUUCAAACAGCCAGAAGGGAAAUAGUCUUAGAAUUCUGUAUUGGGCAAAAUCAUUAAUGACUAGCUGGUAAGGGUCAUGAAUGAUGCAAAAACACUUGCUCUGCCAAUCUGUUUCAUUCUGGACUCUGUGUUAAACUAAUUUUUACAAUUUGAGAUUCUGGAUCUUGUCAGAGAACUCACAUAUGCCAAAUUGUUAUGUAAUCAUUGAAAUUACAAGGCUUUUGAAGCACUUAAGAGAUAAAUAGAACAGUGUGAGGGGUUUUUGGCCUGAUCAAGGCAAUCCAUCUUUUGAAUUACUUCUACAGCCAUGCAAAGCAUCAUUUCCCAUUGAAACUGUUACUCAGAAUAUUAUCUCCAGUGGCAGCCUGGCCUUCAUCCUGAUCAUGGUUUCAUUUGAAAAUAAUGUGCAUGAUAAAGGACAGUGGGUCCCCUACAGAGCAUUUUAGUUUAAGGGUCUAACUGAUUAUGACCAAGUUCCACUGGCACUCCAAAUCGUAAAGAUAGUGCCAUGUUCUAUAGAGAGUUUCUUGAUAGAAUUUGUGUAUAUCUCAAUAGGCUAAAGCUUCAGAAGAUUUCUGCCACACUAGAUUGACAGAAGCUGAUGGACAGGAACAUGGAAUCCUUGUGUUCUAAUAGACAGUUAACUUGUGGUAGGUAGAAUUUGCUGGACAGCUUUAAAAUAUGAACACACAUGCUGCCCAUCCUUUAUGGGCAGAAACUCUACCAUUUGUUCUCCAGAAAAAACAGGUGUGUGUGUGUGUGUGUGUGCAAAUGCUUUUAGCAAUAAAUGUCUUAUUCCUUC